AUGCAUUUCCUAGCGAAAGCUACAGUGGUCCUGUCUCUCACCACUCAGGUCCUGUGCUGGGGAGAUGUCGGACAUCGAACUGUAGGCUACCUAGCAAAGAAAUACUUGACCGACUCCGCAAAUCAGCUGUUUGAGAAAAUUCUUGAGAAUCCCAAUGGCUGGGAUUUUUCUGAUGCAGCAACUUGGGCGGAUACCGUGAAGCGUAGCCGUCCAUAUACGUCAUCAUGGCAUUUCGUUGACGCAAGAGACUCCCCUCCCACUCUGUGUGGUCUUCACUACCCAGACGAUUGCUCGGCCCAGGGCACAAAUGGGUGCAUCAUCACAGCUAUUAACAACCAAACCUCACUGUUCCUAUCACCUGAUUCAUCGAAAAUCGUAGUCAAAGAGGCUCUCAUGUAUCUCAUGCAUUUCAUCGGCGACCUCCACCAACCACUACACGUCGAAGACAAAGCCCGUGGCGGCAACGAGAUCAAGCCUGUCCAAUUCGGCACGUCACAUACGCAGAACCUGCACAGUGUAUGGGACACCGCCAUCCCACACAAGAUGCGCGGUCUGAGCGGGACGUUGAGCGAUGUUGAAGAGCGAACUGCUGCAGUUGAAUGGGCUGAUGAAUUGUUUGAGACGAAUGCUGCAAGAGGUGUAACUGUGGAGAGUGAAUGUAGUGAUGUGGCGAUUCCUGAUAAAUGUGCGCUGGAGUGGGCAAAUAAGAGUAAUGAAUGGAUCUGUAAGUAUGUGUUGAAGAAGUCAGAGGAGUGGUUAGAGAAGAGGGGGAAUGAUCUUGCGAAGGGGUAUUAUGAGGGUGCGAAACCGAUUGUUGAUGAGUUGAUUGGGUUGGCCGGUGCAAGGUUGGGGGCUUGGAUGAAUGCUAUGGCUGCUGUGGUGUUGGAGAGAGAAGACGGGGAAUGGGAGAAGACGCUAUUGGGUGAGGGACGGGUGGACCUGUAG